CCAAAAACGCAACAGGACAACAGCUCAAGCUAUCACUCUACACAAAGGAUUGUAAUGACACACUUUUGAUAAAAAGAUCACAUGGCUCUUGCAGCAAUAUCAAAAUGGAUAGCUGUGCUUUGUGUGGUAAUAAUGGCAGCCAGACUGGGCAUCUCUGAGGACGAGGGCACAGAGCUAAUUGAACUGGACAGCUGGGAGCCCUGUGCCCGCAGGAUGAGGGGUGUUUCUGGCACCCCUGGGUUUGAUGGCAUCCCUGGAAGGGAUGGAAGGGAUGGACGUGAGGGCAAAAAGGGAGAUUUUGGAGACCAAGGCACCAAAGGGCCAAUUGGAGAGCCUGGUGAGCUAGGAGAUGAGGGAUCUGCAGGGAAAAGAGGGUUUCCUGGAAAUCCAGGUCUGAAAGGAGCGCAUGGAGAGAGUUCCUUCCCCUACCACUCAGCUUUUAGCAUGGGACUCACAGGUAAAAUCAGCUCCACCAUAGGUCCCAUUCGCUUUACCAAGACCUUCUACAAUGAGCAGCACAACUAUGAUGUCAUCUCUGGAAAGUUUCGCUGCUCUAUUCCUGGGAUCUACUACUUCACGUAUCACCUUACCAUCAAUGGGAAGGAGACCAAGGUAGCCAUGUUCCAAAACGGCCGGACUGUGGCUUUCACACUUGACCAGUUCCACAAUGGAAAUCUGGAUCAGGCCUCAGGAGGGGCGAUUUUAAACUUAGCAGCUGGAGAUGAGAUUUGGUUACAGCUGUAUGAUGAGGGUGCAGACAUAUUUGAUGCAGAGAUUUAUGCUGAUAACAACAAUGACUCCACUUUCACUGGCUUCCUUUUGACUCCUAAAAUACUAAGCAGCCCAUUUGAUAACCGAAGACGCUGAAACAUACCUCUUGCUCUUGUCAGUUUAUAUCUGUAUCCAUAUCCUUAAUGGUUUAAUACAGCAUGCCAAGGUUAUUUACAGUGUGUUUGGGUUUUUUGUGCAGUCAUCACUUAAUGAAACAGCAUUUAAAUUAAAACAAAUGCUGAAAAGUUCAGCAUUGCUGAUCGCCAGCAAAUGUUGUGUUUUGGAAGUUCAUGCAGGUCUAAUCUGUUAUUAUCAGAAGGGACACAUCAUCUUUUGGAAAGUUGAAGUUAAGCUUAUGUUGUCUCUGUUUACAUCUUCUCUUAGUUCAGUCAAUAGCCAAGACAUGUUACAUCUAAGCCAACUGGCUUCCUCCCAGUACAGCAGUUGGUGUGCAGUUUAGCAUGCUUCAUUCUCUGAGAUAUUUAUAAUCAAUGGUCAAGGUCAGUCUAUAUACCAACACUCUCAGCUAUGACCUGAUAAUUAAGUUAUGUUAUUAUAUCAUCCUAUUGAGAAUUUGUAUUUAUUAAAAUGUAUUAAAAGUGUUCUUAGGCUAGUGGAGGUACAGUGUAUGUGUCACCACUUCUUAGGACCCUUUCUAGGGUUUUAAAGGGAAAAUAAAAUGUGUGUCAUCAUAUACUCACCCAUAUGACAUUUUUUCUUUAAUAAAAAUUCAAAAAGCGAUUGUGCUCUUUAGAACAAUCAAAGAGAUGUUAUCUUUAGUCAACUUUUAACUGUAUUGUAUGGGGGGAGAAAAUCAAAUGAAAGUCAAUGGAAAUUAAGGCUAAUAUUCUGCCUAACAUCUCUGUUUGUGUUCCACAGAAUAAAAGUCAGUUUAGUGAUUUUUAUUCUGAAGAAGUCAUGCAAAUUGAUUGUCACAUGGACACAGACUGUGAUUGUGUUUAUAUGCUAAUUUGGUGUUGAAAAUGUCAUCAUGUUUUCACUAUCAUUGUGAAUAAAGCUGAAAAAGUGGCAUAAUUAAUUAGUAUGUAGGUUUGGAUUGCUUUGUUA